AUGGCUGGUGUCACUGAGGUUGCUGCUCUAGGUCGACCUUUCACCCUAGGAAUGCUCUAUGAUGCUCGGAAAGAUCAACUGAUCCCAGGUUUGACAUUGUGGGAUGAUGAAACUCUAAAAAAGAAUACAGUUGAAAACUGUCAGCAAAGCAGUGACUUUAAAAUGUCCACAUCUGACUCCAUUGAAUCCAAGGCCUCUCUGCUGGAUGUUGAUUCUUCUCUGAAGGCCAGUUUCCUGAGUGGACUGAUUACAGUUGGAGGAUCUGCCAAGUAUCUCAAUGAUACGAAGAAAUUCAAGAAUCAGAGCAGAGUGACGUGUCAGUACAAAGCUACCACACGCUUCAAGCAGUUGACAGUGAUCGACCAUUUAACCAUGAGUACCCAACAGAUAGAUGGUAUUAAGAAGGGCUCUGCAACACAUGUAGUCACAGGCAUCCUUUAUGGAGCAAACGCUGUCUUUGUGUUUGACAGUGAGAAGUUAUAUGACGAAAGUGUUCAAAACUUCAAGGGCAAAAUGAAAACUGUGAUAAAUAAGAUCCCCAAAUUUAAUGUUGACGGGAAAGUUGACAUCAAGCUGAAUGAUGAAGAAAAAGCUCUGACUGAGAAAUUCUCCUGCAAAUUCUACGGAGACUUCAUUCUUGAAAGCAACCCAGCAACAUUUGAAGAGGCAGUGAAGACCUACAUACAACUUCCAAAGCUGCUGGAAAAGAAGGGAGAGAACAGUGUUCCACUGAAGGUCUGGCUGAUGCCACUGAAGAAGUUAGCCCCCAAAGCUCCUGUGCUGGUGAGAGAGAUCAGUGUUGGACUUGUAAGAAAGGCUGAAGAUGCUCUGGAGGACCUGAAUCAGCUGGAAAAAAGAUGCAACGGUUUGCUGGAGGACAAAGUGGUGCGAAAUUUUCCACAAAUUCAUGAAAAGUUCAGAAGUUUCCAAAAAUGGUGUGGUCAUUAUGCAUUUGAUCUCAGACAGACCAUGGAGAAGAAAAUUCCCUCCAUCCGUAAUGGCAAAGAAGAUGAGAGGAAAUUAGAAAAAGUCUUUAAAGACAGAGACAAGUCACCGUUCAGCCAUGCGAAACUAACCAGGUGGAUGGACUUUAAAGAGAGCGAAAUCAACAUCAUCAGGUCCUGUGUAGAGAAGAUGGAGGGAACAAAGUUCGUCCCAAAUCAGUCAGAGCUGGACCGAGAGGUUCUUGGUGUAGAGGAGGCUCUGUGUUUUGUUUUGACCUCCCUGCAGAGUGCUGACCCCUGCCUUGAUGCGAUGACCAAAUACUUAAAGUCAUCUAAAUUAGAAUCUACCAAUGAAGAGUCGUGGUUCUACUCAGAUGAAGUUAUCACCAACAUGAGAGAAAAAGCCAAAUAUUUCCAGGAUCUUACUAAACCACUGAAGAACAACAGCCGAUUCUGUUUCCUCAUCGCAGCAAUUGAAAAUAAGAAAUACACAGGAGCAACCAUCUACCAUUACAGGAAGGGCAAACUGGUCUCUGAGGGUUUUUCAAAGCCCCCCCUCCCUCCUGUGGAGAAAAUCACAGGCAGAAGAGAUUUGCUCUGGUAUUCCUGUGAUCUCACUCUGGACCCAGACACAGCGAACAACUACCUCACUCUGUCUGAGGGGAACAAGAAGGCAACUUAUGGAGCAUGGCACUCGUAUCCUGACCUCCCGCAGAGAUUUGAUACUUAUGUGUGUCAGGUUCUGUGCAGAGAGGGGCUGACCGGGCGCUUCUACUGGGAGGUGGAGUGGAGUGCUGGCUAUAAGGAAGGGGUUGCUGUUGGUGUCACCUACAAAGGCCUGUUUAGGAAAGGAAAUUAUGGCCAGUGUGGACUUGGACGCAAUAUUAUGUCCUGGAGUUUAGACCACACAGGGUACCCACCAAGUGAUACUCUCUGUGCAUGGCAUAAUAGUCAGUCCCAAAAUAUUUCUGUUCAUGCUACCGGCUGCAGCCGACUGGGAGUGUAUCUGGACUGGCCUGCUGGCAGUCUGUCCUUCUAUAAUGUCUCAGGUGACACACUGAGUCACCUCCACACCUUCCGCAACAAAUUCUCUGAGCCAGUUUAUCCAGGCUUUGGGACUUUCUAUGAACACAACUACGUACUCCUGUGUCUGUAAUCUGCACCACAUGAUUCACUUCAAGUUCAGUUCAGUUUGAUCACAAAAUGAUUGUUUCAUACGUUGUUAUUGUGAAGCACCAUUAUGAUAGUCACAUAACAAUUUAAUAUAAAGCUUCCUACUAAAUAUGGCCCACCCACUCAUGAAUAUUAUCAUUGUUGUUAUUAUAGUUUAUUGUUCAAUCACAAAUCAUUUUGUGGAUUUGCAGUCAGACUGUGUACUUUGUUCUCCCCUUUUUUCGUAGCAGUACCAUCAGUUGACAUAAAUACCUGUGUUUAAUUGUCUUUUUCUUUUCAUUUUAAGCUAAUUUUAUCAUCAUUAGUGCAUUUCAGCUCUCAUUGUGCUGCACACAGAUAUAUUUUAAAUAGCUUGUUCUGAAGGUAAGUAAGUAAGUGGUUCAAGACAGCUCAUUAAUGUCGAAGGAUGCUUGAUCUUUCUUUCAAAAGUUAAUAUGGAACAGAAACGCAAAGAAGCACAAAGCCACAUUUCAUCCAAGCAUUUUUAUGUGAAUUAUCUAAUUAGAAAAGCUGCAUGGAAGCUACAGAAUUCAAAAAAACUAUCACAAUGUCCCUAAAAAGAUUUUACACUUUGUUAAUAAAGGAUGCUGAUGUGUGGGCUC